AUGAAUGCAAUGCGUGCAACGGUGGAACACGUUGGAAUGGAUGAGGAUUUACCUCCUAUAAAAGUUAGAGUAGUUCGAGGUAAUGAGGAUCUCUCAAUAAAGUUAAGCGAUAAAGGUGGUGGAGUUCCUAGAAGUAUUAUAAGUCGAUUAUUUGAUUAUAUGUAUAGCACAGCACCACCCCCUCCAAGAGAUGGAAGUCAAGCACCUCUUGCUGGUUAUGGGUAUGGAUUGCCUUUGUCUAGGCUUUAUGCACGAUAUUUUCAUGGAGAUAUGUUUCUCGUUUCGAUGGAAGGAUAUGGAACUGACGGUUUUUUACUUAAAACAUUAUGA